GGAAAGGAUGCGCCAGUCUGCCAUGUUCGAGCUGUGCCAGGGCAUGCACCAGGUCAGCCUGCAGUUCGUCCGCCUGCAGCUCAGCUUCGAGGAGUACACCAUCAUGAAGGUCCUCCUGCUGCUCAGCACAGUUCCCAAGGAUGGCCUCAAAAGCCAAGCUGCAUUUGAAGAAAUGAGGGCAAAUUAUGUGAAAGAGCUAAAGAAGAUGGUAACUAAAUGUCCAAGUAACUCUGGGCAAAGCUGGCAGAGAUUCUACCAACUGACUAAACUCCUUGACUCCAUGCAUGAU